GCGCAACCAUGAACGUACUGCAAGUCAAAUUCUGCAAUGGUUUCCAGUGGCCACAUCACCUGCGACGUUGUAGUUGCGAAGCUAUAAAGGUGCUGCGCUAUGAGGACCAGUGCAAAUUUUCUACUUUAUUCAUGGUCGGACGCAGUCUACCUAACAUUCAAUGGAGAGGCGCUCUAUGUACCCUGUACCACUGCGCGAUUCCCAGCAACUGACGCUACUCACACGUGCAUGCCCUCCAAGGUUUGCCGUCGUCUCAUUGGAUAUCGAAUCUGUAAGAAAUAGGGUGUACGCCAACUCCGAGGCAAACCGGAAUUAAUAUGCUCAAUUAGACAUUUAAGACGAGAUCAGGAACUCUGUUCCAUGUUUCGUUUGUGCAUUCCAAUUAUCUUUUGUCAAAAUCCGACACAAUGGUUUCUAACUCAGCAUCUCCUAAGCAUUUCGGUAUCCUCUUAUAUCCUGGCUUCGAAGCUCUUGAUGCUUUUGGGCCGAUGGAAGUGAUCAAUGAUCUCUCCCGAACCCACGAGAUAACUCUAUCAAUCAUAGCCGGGACCCAGGAUCCGGUGUCGACAGCAUGGAAGGGCAUCCACCGCGUAGGACAGAGCGUCGUCCCAACGCAUUCAUUUACGAAUGCCCCUGAACUUGACGUCCUCUUCAUCCCUGGUGGAUGGGGAGGCUUCGAAACAGGCGCACCUACCCUCGAUUAUUUACGCACAGUCGGCCCAAAACUUGGCCAUCUUAUUACUGUCUGCAAUGGUGCGGCGUUGGCGGCGCAGACCGGCAUUCUCGAUGGCAGAAGGGCAACGACGAACAAGGCGUACUGGAAGCAGUGUGUUAGCCUUGGUCCCAAAGUAAAUUGGAUUGCACAGGCCAGAUGGAUUCAAGACGGGAAUAUUUGGACCUCGUCAGGGGUCAGCGCUGGUAUCGAUGUCACUCUAGCCUGGGUCGCUUCACAGUUUGGAGAAAAUACGGCAUCGGAGAUUGCCAACACUAUGGAGUUCACGAGAGCUUCAUCUUCCUCUGAUGAUCCAUUUGCUGCUAUGUAUGAUUGCAAAGACGUUCCUGCACAGUCCUUGUAAUAAACGCAGAGAAAGGCGGAGCGACAUCACAAUUAUUCAAAUAGCAAACUAGGGGUGUUUUGAAGGAACAUUGCGAUCAAUCGCGACUACUCAAAUCUAGUAAUAGAUUUUGCUUGCUUCUCA